AUGGCGACAGCCACCACGUGCCAGUCGUUAAUCUGCGGGUUGGGAAUCCUCGCGUGCUCGUGCUCUUUCGUCGUCGGCGUGCUGAUCGCCGCGAGGGAACCACCCGAGAAGCUCAAGAUCGACAAGUUCGUCCCUGACGUCGAAUCCCCGUAUCGGCCAUUCUUCAAGCCGCCGUCUCUCCUCCACGCAUCCAACAACCCUUCUUCUAGCUCCAAGUCUCUCAGCCUCUUCGGCAGCUUAAAGCCCACUGAGGUCUUCGCUGAGACACAGCCGCCAGAGCUUCAGCACAUGGGGGAGGAAAAGAAGGAGAAGAUUCCGAGAAGCUGGCUGGGACGAGCAGGGGAUGGCCGGGGGGUUGGGCGAGGAGAGAAGGGAGGGAGGGGAGGUCGAAGUAUUCGUGGGUAUCUGCAAGGAAAUGUUAACGGGUACUCGCAACGGGGUGAUCCCAGGCUAGCUGUGUACUCAACCGCUUCGCGGCCUGAGACGGCCUCACGCCCUUCCACCCCCUCCCACCCAUCCUCACCGCACUCAUCGGCCGCUGCUCUCCCUUCCCCUCCCUCGCACCUCCAAUCGGACCCACACCAAUGGGGAGGCCCGUCUCACCCCUCCCAUCUUAACUCCCCACGCACUCCCUCUUACCACUCUCAACCGUCUCACCCCUCUCACCCUCCUCACUCCUCCUAUCCCUCCUACACACCUCACCCUUCCACCCCAACUCACCUAAACUCCAAUUCUCCCUCCCCAUGGGCACCUUAUUCCCCUCACCCUCCAUCCCCAUCCAUGCGUCCUCAUGCCUACACGCCCCCAAUCCACCACCAUCACCACCCCUCCACGCCCUCCCACCCCUCCUCGAGGCCUCAUUACCCCUCCCACAUGCCCCAUCCCUCGCAACACCCACCUUAUCAUCCACAACACCAUCAAUCAUAUCAAUCACCUGGGUACCCUCACCAGUCAUCAUACCCAAGACCACCCAACUACCAGGGUUAUCCGAACCAUCCAAGUGCUGUAGCAGCAGGAGUAGGGGGUCCUUCUCCCUAUGCCAGCCACCCGGGAACCCCCAGGACUCCAGGUGCUUUUUCCUUCUCAGGUGCUUUUUCCUUCUCAGGUGCUUUUUCCUUCUCAGGUGCUUUUUCCUUCUCAGGUGCUUUUUCCUUCUCAGGUGCUUUUUCCUUCUCAGGUGCUUUUUCCUUCUCAGGUGCUUUUUCCUUCUCAGGUGCUUUUUCCUUCUCAGGUGCUUUUUCCUUCUCAGGUGCUUUUUCCUUCUCAGGUGCUUUUUCCUUCUCAGGUGCUUUUUCCUUCUCAGGUGCUUUUUCCUUCUCAGGUGCUUUUUCCUUCUCAGGUGCUUUUUCCUUCUCAGGUGCUUUUUCCUUCUCAGGUGCUUUUUCCUUCUCAGGUGCUUUUUCCUUCUCAGGUGCUUUUUCCUUCUCAGGUGCUUUUUCCUUCUCAGGUGCUUUUUCCUUCUCAGGUGCUUUUUCCUUCUCAGGUGCUUUUUCCUUCUCAGGUGCUUUUUCCUUCUCAGGUGCUUUUUCCUUCUCAGGUGCUUUUUCCUUCUCAGGUGCUUUUUCCUUCUCAGGUGCUUUUUCCUUCUCAGGUGCUUUUUCCUUCUCAGGUGCUUUUUCCUUCUCAGGUGCUUUUUCCUUCUCAGGUGCUUUUUCCUUCUCAGGUGCUUUUUCCUUCUCAGGUGCUUUUUCCUUCUCAGGUGCUUUUUCCUUCUCAGGUGCUUUUUCCUUCUCAGGUGCUUUUUCCUUCUCAGGUGCUUUUUCCUUCUCAGGUGCUUUUCCUUCUCAGGUGCUUUUUCCUUCUCAGGUGCUUUUUCCUUCUCAGGUGCUUUUUCCUUCUCAGGUGCUUUUUCCUUCUCAGGUGCUUUUUCCUUCUCAGGUGCUUUUUCCUUCUCAGGUGCUUUUUCCUUCUCAGGUGCUUUUUCCUUCUCAGGUGCUUUUUCCUUCUCAGGUGCUUUUUCCUUCUCAGGUGCUUUUUCCUUCUCAGGUGCUUUUUCCUUCUCAGGUGCUUUUUCCUUCUCAGGUGCUUUUUCCUUCUCAGGUGCUUUUUCCUUCUCAGGUGCUUUUUCCUUCUCAGGUGCUUUUUCCUUCUCAGGUGCUUUUUCCUUCUCAGGUGCUUUUCCCUUCUCAGGUGCCUUUUCCUUCUCAGGUGCCUUUUCCUUCUCAGGUGCCUUUUCCUUCUCAGGUGCCUUUUCCUUCUCAGGUGCCUUUUCCUUCUCAGGUGCUUUUUCCUUCUCAGGUGCUUUUUCCGUGGAGAAGAGAAGCACGAGAACUGGCAUGUUGGUGA